AAACCAUUUACCGAAAUGGGCAUCACAACAAUGGUGAGUCUCCAAAUGGCAUCCAUAGUGCUUUUGGCUUUACUAGCUUCGUUUGCCCGCGCAUAUGAUAACAACCCCUUGCAAGAUUUUUGUGUUGCAGUUGCUGAUCCCAAAGCUGCAGUGUUUGUGAAUGGAAAGCCUUGCAAGAACCCAAAACUUGUUGAUGCAAAUGAUUUCUACAAGGCUGCUGGGUUUAACACCCCUGCUGGAGGUACAAAUAUUAGUUCUCUGGGACUAGUAGCAAAGCUUGUAGAUGUAAACCAAUUCCCAGGGCUGAACACCAUGGGGUUGUCAAUCGCUCGUAUAGAUUUCGCACGUAAUGGCCUACUCCCACCCCACACCCACCCUCGAGCCACUGAGGUUGUGUUUGUUCUGGAAGGCACUCUUCUCGUUAGCUUUGUCUCUUCAAACCCACUCAACGGUCAAAAGAAUAAGCUUUUCUCCAAAACUCUUAAACCUGGCGACUCCUUCAUUUUUCCCAUGGGACUCGUUCACUUCCUCUACAAUGUUGGCCGCACCAAUGCUUUACUGUUUUCAGCUUUCAGUAGCCAAAAUCCAGGAUAUGUUACCCUUGCUAAUUCUGCUUUUGGAUCUGCCCCGCCAAUUUCACAGGAUGUUCUCACCAAAGCAUUCCGCCUGGACAAAAAAACCAUUAACUAUCUUCAAUCACAGACCUGGCCUCUUAUCUAAUAUUCUACUUCUAUGCUAUUAUUACUUAUUAUUAUCUUUGAGUUGUAUGCGGUUUGACAUACAAUAUACUAUUAAAUAAUGAAGGUAAUAUAAUAUAUAUUAUUAAAUAAUGAAGGUAAUAUUAUAUUUCUGUAAUGUCAAGGAUGGCCUGUAUGCUCUUUUAUAUUAAAUAAUAAGAAGUUUAUAUGGUAUGAAUGUAAUAUUAUAUUUCUGUAAUGUCACUAUGAACAAUGUCUCUUCCAGUAAUAUAACUAUGGGUUUUUUUAAAAGUAAA